AUGUGCACAAAAGCAAUUCAUUUAGAGGCAGUAAGCGACUUAUCAUCAGAAGCAUUUAUAGCUGCAUUAAAAAGGUUCUUUCCAAGGCGUGGGAAGAGUGCACAUUUAUAUUCAGAUAAUGGCACUAAUUUUAUUGGCGCAUUAAAAAAAUUAGAUAAAGAGUUUGGAAAUGCGAUCAAAAAUAAUACAUCGAUGUUACCAAUUCUUGCAGCAGAAAAAAUUGAAUGGCAUUUUAUUCCUCCAGCAAGUCCGCAUUUUGGCGGUAUAUGGGAAGCUGCUGUAAAAUCCGUAAAAUAUCAUUUGAAGCGCGUAAUAGGUGAAACAAAACUAACAUUUGAAGAGAUGACUACACUUCUAAAUCAAAUUGAAGCAGUACUCAAUUCACGACCACUUUGUUAUACAAGUAGCGAUAUAGACAGUAUUGAUGUUCUUACACCUGGACAUUUCUUAAUAGGUCGUCCAAUAUUAGACGAACCAGAAACUGAAGUCAAAAAUAAUAUAAGUUUAAUAGACCGUUCGAAACUUGUACAAAAAAUUAAAACAGAUUUUUGGAAAAAAUGGAAAAAUGAAUAUGUCACGUCUCUACAAAAACGAAACAAAUGGUUUAGAGAAAAACCGAACUUAGCAGAGGGGCAAGUAGUAAUUAUUAAAGACGAAAAUACCGCGCCUACUAGAUGGCCAUUAGGAAAAAUUACAGAAGUAUUUAAAGAUAUAAACGAUGGUAAUAAGUUAUUUAUAUGGUCUGUACGAGAAAGGAGAAAAAGAGCGCCGUUGGCAUUCAUUGGUUCAUUUUAUCACCUCCUAUUUGGAAUGAUGGAUGAAGAUGACCGAAAAGCUUUAGAAGAAGAUAUGAAUAAUCUUCUAGAAAAUCAACAUAAUUUAAAAAAGAUGACUGAAAGACAAACGUCGGUAGUAGAAACAACAGUAAAUAUAUUAAAACGCACAUCCGAAGAACUUCAGCAACAAUACAAUGAAAUUCAUGAAAGAGUUGAAUCCAUAAACACUGCUUUGAAUGAAACUUAUCUUGUUUAUAAGGAAUCAAUAAAUUUUUUUAUGGUAGCAAGACAGUUAUCAGAUAUGAUAGAAGAAUGUUCUCAAAUUCAAUCUGAAGUAAUGGAACUCUUAAUGGGCGUUAACCAUGGAAAAUUAAAUCCAGCACUUAUAAAACCAUCACAGUUACAUCGCGAAAUAAUAAAAAUAAGAGAUAUAAUUCCCGAAAAUCAAAUGCUACCUGGUAAAAAACUGGAACGGAGUUAG